AUGACCCUAUCGGGCGGCGGCAGCGGCGACAUGUCCGGCCAGACCGUGCUGGCGGCCGAGGACGUGGACAUCGACGUGGUGGGCGAGGGCGACGACGGGCUGGGCAAGGAGAGCGACGGCGAGGCCGGCAGUCCCGGAGCGCUGCCGCGCUUGCCGCUCGACGAGGCGGCCGAGGCGGCGCUGCCCGCGGAGCCCUGCGCGGGCGCGGAGAGCGGCAGCAGCGGGCGCGGCAGCCCGGCCGAGGCGGCGCCGGGCGGCGGGGCCGAGGGCGGCCGCGGGGGCGGCGGGGACGAGGGCGCAAGCGGCGGCGGCGGCGCGGGGCAGAGCAAGCCCAAGAGCAGUCUUGUGAAGCCGCCCUACUCAUACAUCGCGCUCAUCACCAUGGCCAUCCUGCAGAGCCCGCAGAAAAAGCUCACGCUCAGCGGCAUCUGCGAGUUCAUCAGCAACCGCUUCCCCUACUACCGGGAGAAGUUCCCUGCCUGGCAGAACAGCAUCCGCCACAACCUCUCGCUCAAUGACUGCUUCGUGAAGAUUCCCCGCGAGCCGGGCAACCCGGGCAARGGCAACUAUUGGACGCUGGACCCGCAGUCCGAGGACAUGUUCGACAACGGGAGCUUCCUGCGUCGCAGGAAGCGCUUCAAGCGGCACCAGCAGGAGCACCUGCGGGACCAGACGGCUCUCAUGAUGCAGGGCUUCGGCGCCUACAGCCUGGCAGGGCCCUACGGGCGCCCCUACGGGCUGCACCCCGGCGCCUACGCGCACCCUGCCGCGCUGCAGUACCCCUACAUCCCGCCCGUGGGGCCCAUGCUGCCGCCCGCCGUGCCGCUGCUGCCGUCCAGCGAGCUGAGCCGCAAAGCCUUCAACUCGCAGCUCAGCCCCAGUCUGCAGCUGCAGCUCAACAGCCUGGGCGCCGCCGGCUCCAUCAUCAAGUCGGAGCCGAGCAGCCGCCCGUCCUUCAGCAUCGAGAACAUCAUCGGCGUGCCCGCCGCCAGCUCGGCGGCCAGCGCGCAGACUUUCCUGCGGCCGCCCGUCACCGUGCAGUCGGGCCUGGUGGCGCACCAGCCGCUCGCGCUGGCGCGGACCACGGCGGCCAUAGCGCCCAUCCUCAGCGUGCCUACGAACAUCAUCUCGGGCCAAUUCCUGCAGCCCGCAGCCCCCGCCGCCGCGGCCGCCGUGCAGGCCAAGUGGCCGGCGCAAUAGGGAGCUCC